UGGCAAUAUACUGAUCAAAAAUAUUAUGACCUGGCAACACUGCGUUUGAUAGUCAUUUGUUACGAGGAUGGCGGCUCAAGGUGCGGCCAUCAUCUUUGGCCCAUUGCAGACGGCCUAUGAACGAGAACUACGAGCAUUAAUUCAACAGAAAUAUGCAUCUGUAAAAGAAAAUGUUGCUAUUUUACGGGGUCGGGGGGUAAUCCCCGACUCCGUAAAGAUAGAAGGAGUAUAUCAACACAUCAGGAGGUUCCAGGUCUAUAAAGACCUGGAACUACAAAACACGUACUGGGUGUUUUAUGUAAGUGUUAUCGUUUCAAUUAUAAUGUUUACUUCAAUGAAUUUUUUUCCAGAACUAAUAAACCCGCAUUAAAUUU